AUAACUUAAACCGACCCAGUUCUCUUUUCUACACUAAAGCCAAGAACCCAAAAUCUAACGUGGAGAAUGGUGCAUUUACAACGUUUCCCAUUACCAAGCCAACGUGCCACAUUUCCACAUUCACAAAGGAACCCGAGCACAAAAAAUUUGAGCCCCAAUUGACAAAAUCACGAUUCAUCGAACAACGGCGACGACAACUUAACUUUACACACAUUCGCAGCUCGAAGUCAAAGAGACUCCUCCUGCAAUCCGCCGAAUCCCAAAGAAAUCCGCGAAAAAAAAGAGGAAGGGCCAGGAGUGGACGACGGGGCAGAAAUGUUUGGCAAUUGCAAGUUGGCGGCAACUUUUAGGCCUUUGGGGCGUCUGCGUUGGCUGAUGGAAGGAAGCUGGUCCGGCUACCAAGGAGUUGCAUUGUCAGCUAAGCGAUCUUUAAUAGGACUGCACUAGGAAAUAUUUUGUUAAAACUGUUAGCUUGAAUUGUAGAUACAAGUGCUAUAAAGCUUAGAUCAAUGUAGCUUUUAAAUAUUAACCUUUUUUAACUGAAUUAUAUAAAUUUAAACAUAAUAAUAAUAAAAAC